UCCUUCGCAACGAGCGGUCAAUGCUUGAACGUAGUGAAGUGGCGGGAGAUUCUGUCAGGCAAGUUAGGGGGUAACAAGAGCCCAAGUUAGACGAAGUUGUGGUGACAUUUUAGUCUUGUGUGCAUCUCAUCCAUGUUACGAAUUCUGGAAUCAUCGUCAUAUUCUUUUGGAAGUCAUUUGCUUAGUGUAUAGUCUCUUGGUUAACUUAAGCCAAGGUCUCUUGAGGAAUGGACCCAAAAAAGAGACAAAACAGAGGCUCCUUCAAUGGCGGGGCCUCGCAGGCCAAACGUGGGAAGUCAGGGGAAGACUGGGAGGACAGCCCGUCUCAGUUUGAGGAAGAGUUGGCCCAGUUUGAUGACCCUGACAUGGAGGCUGAGUCAAGCGAGGGGCAAGCAGGCCAUGAUGUCAUACCUGUGGCUGACCUGUUUUCAGCUGAUCUGAAUCCCAGAUGGCCCAGACCAGCCGCUCCAACCGUAAACCAGUACACCCAGACCCUCGUCUUCCAGCAGAUCGACCUGGAUUAUUAUCUGGGCCAAGCAGUAGCAGGUAUGCCUGGUCAGUCUCAUGGGAAGGUUCCAAUUAUCCGCAUGUUCGGAGUGACGGACGAUGGGCACAGCGUGUGCUGCCACGUGCACGGAUUCGCCCCUUACUUCUACAUCCCUGCCCCUAACGGUUUUACCCGUGAUCACCUCGCUGACUUCCAGAAGGAGUUGAACUCGGCUGUGUUGAAGGACAUGCGCGGCAACAAAGACGACAUAUCGGUCACUGUGCUGGCUGUGGACAUCACCCGCAAAGAGAGUAUGUAUGGAUACCAUGGUAACCAUCCUCUGGACUUCCUGCGGAUCACCAUGGCGAUGCCACGCCUGAUUGCCCCGGCGAAGCGUCUGCUGGAGCAGGGCUUAAGUUUUAGCAUCUUCCGCACGCAGUCCUACUCCUCCUAUGAGGCCAACAUCGACUUUGAGAUCAGGUUCAUGGUGGACUGUGACGUGGUGGGUUGCUGCUGGAUUGAACUGCCUAAAGGGAAGUACCGUGUGAGAGAGGAGAAGGAACCUGCAGACUCUAGGCACCCAGGCAAGGUGUCUCUGAGUCAGUACGAGGUGGAUGUAGGAUGGACAGAUCUGAUUAGUCACCCAGCGGAGGGGGACUGGCAGAGGAUCGCUCCGCUCCGAAUCCUCAGCUUUGAUAUUGAGUGUGCCGGGAGGAAAGGUGUCUUUCCGGAGGCGGAGGUGGACCCGGUCAUCCAGAUCGCCUCCAUGGUGCAGCGUCAGGGAGAGAAGGAGCCCUUCAUCCGCACCGUCUUCACCCUGCAGAGCUGCGCCAGCAUAGUGGGCUCCCAGAUCCUCUGUUUCACUCAGGAGAAGAACAUGCUACAGCGAUGGGCUGAGUUUGUGAGAGCUGUGGACCCAGAUAUCAUCACAGGCUACAACAUUCAGAACUUUGACUUCCCCUACCUCCUCAACAGAGCUGCUGCCCUCAAGGUGCACCUGUUCCCCUAUCUUGGCCGGAUGAGGGGCAUUAAGUCUGUGAUGAAGGACUCCAGCUUCCAGAGCAAGCAGAUGGGCCGCAGGGAGAACAAAACUAUCAACAUGGAGGGCAGGGUUCAGUUUGACCUGUUCCAGGUUCUGCUGCGGGAUUAUAAACUACGCUCGUACACUCUCAAUGCUGUCAGCUUUCACUUCCUGCAAGAGCAGAAGGAGGACGUGCAGCAUUCCAUCAUCACUGACCUACAGAAUGGGAAUGAGCAGACGCGGCGCCGGCUGGCGGUGUACUGUCUGAAGGACGCCUACCUGCCGCUGCGCUUGCUGCAGAAGCUCAUGUGUGUCAUCAACUACAUGGAGAUGGCCAGAGUCACCGGGGUCCCGCUCACCUACCUGCUCUCCCGCGGACAGCAGAUCAAAGUCGUGUCUCAGCUCCUCAGACAGGCCAUGAAACAGAACCUGGUGAUGCCUGUGCUGAAGGUUGAAGGUGGAGAGGACUACACUGGGGCUACUGUCAUAGAGCCAGAAAAAGGGUAUUACAAUAUCCCUAUAGUCACACUGGAUUUCUCUUCUCUGUAUCCAUCCAUCAUGAUGGCCCACAACCUUUGUUACACUACAUUACUACCGAAGGGGCAAGCUGACAAACUCGGUCUCUCUCCUGAAGACUUCAUUAAAACUCCCACUGGUGACUCGUUUGUGAAGCACUCCGUGAGGAAGGGCCUACUGCCAGAAAUCCUGGAAAACCUGCUCGGUGCCAGAAAGAGGGCAAAGGCUGAGCUGAAGAAAGAGACCGACCCAUUCAAGAAACAGGUUCUGGAUGGCAGGCAGUUGGCAUUGAAGAUCAGUGCCAACUCCGUGUACGGCUUCACUGGUGCCCAGGUGGGCAAACUGCCCUGCCUUGAGAUCUCACAGAGUGUGACCGGCUUUGGCAGGCAGAUGAUUGAACGGACUAAACAGCUUGUUGAGUCCAAGUUUACCAUGGCCAACGGUUACCAGGCUGAUGCCAAGGUCAUUUAUGGGGAUACAGAUUCUGUGAUGGUGAAAAUGGGCGUGGCUACCGUGAAGGAAGCGAUGGAGGUGGGCAGGGAGGCUGCUGAGUGGGUGUCAUCACACUUCGUCCAACCAAUCAAACUGGAAUUCGAGAAGGUGUACUACCCGUACCUGUUGAUUAAUAAGAAGCGUUACGCUGGCCUGUACUUCUCCGGCAGUGCGGAGCAGUAUGAAAAGAUGGACUGUAAGGGUAUAGAGACGGUCCGCAGAGACAACUGCCCCCUGGUGGCCAACCUCAUCAACACCUGCCUCCAGAAACUCCUUAUUGACAGGGACCCUGAUGGAGCUGUGACCCACGCUAAAGAGGUGAUCUCAGACCUGCUGUGCAACAGGAUAGACAUCAGCCAGCUGGUCAUCACCAAGGAGCUCACGCGCACAGCACAGGAGUACUCCGCGAAACAGGCACACGUUGUGCUCGCAGAGAGGAUGCGUAAGCGUGACGCCGGCAGUGCUCCUAACCUGGGGGAUAGAGUUCCAUACGUCAUCAUUCAAGCUACCAAGGGAGUUGCAGCCUAUAUGAAGUCUGAGGAUCCCAUCUAUGUGCUGGAGAAUAACAUCCCCAUAGACACACAGUACUACCUGGAACAGCAGCUUUCCAAGCCCCUUCUCAGGAUCUUUGAGCCCAUACUGGGGGAGAGCAAGGCCGAGAGCGUGCUUCUGAAGGGAGAACACACUCGCUGUAAGACAGUGUUGACCUCCAAGGUGGGUGGGCUCAUGGCGUUCGCCCAGAAGAGGAGCACCUGUAUCGGCUGCCGAGCGGUGCUCAAGGGCGACGCGGCUGUUUGUGAUUUCUGCAAGAAGAGGGAGUCUGAAUUAUACCAAAAAGAGAUCUCACACCUGUCGACGCUGGAGGAGCGCUUCUCUCGUCUGUGGACUCAGUGCCAGCGCUGUCAGGGCUCCCUGCAUGAGGAUGUGCUCUGCACCAGUCGAGACUGCCCCAUUUUCUACAUGAGGAAGAAAGUGCAGAAGGACCUGGAUGAUCACCAGAAGCUUGUCUCUCGUUUUGGGUGGUGAAAGGGAAAGGUGCUACUGAAGUUCUUCUCUCUUGCUGUCUUCUCUCUCUCUCAAUCGCUAAUGUGAAGAAUGAGGGUUUGUGUUUUUUGUAAAAACAAAAAUUAUAAUCAAGAUGUCAUUUACACAUGCUUUUUUUUUCUACAGUAAGAUAAUACACUGCAUUUUCUUUUGUAAGACCCUGACUCAGUCUCUUCACUGUUCUAUCUCCUGAAUAUUUUAUGCACGCGUGUACACAAGGCCCUCUCUGGGAGUACAUCAGGGUUCCAGACUGCUUGGCAGCUCUGAGAUCCUGACUAAAAUAAUCAACCAUCCUCCCAAGAUGCCUUCCAAUCAUGCAACUCAGUUUACAUCUUGAUGAUGAUGAUGAUGUGUGGCGACGGCAAUAAUCACAUAUAAUUGGGAAAGCAACACUGGGGCUUUUCCUGUGCAGUAGUGAUUGGGGAUGCAUUUCACUUAGAAGCAUUAGGACUCUAAAGCUAACUAGUUUUUUUCAAAAUACAUCACUUGGCAAGCUAGCUAGCUGGGUUUCAUCAGUGCCAACUAUUGGCCUUUGCAAGGCAACUGUUUUAGCUGUUAGCUUGCUAGUUUUGGACACAAACGCUUGCCUCGAACUUUAAUGUAUGGGCUUAAAGCAUUGGUUGCAUGGUUUGGCGCAGCUUUGUCAUCCUUCAACAAUGCCUGAUCUUGAACCCAGAGACUAAACUGAUGCCUCCCCCAUCAUGAAACAUUAAACAACGUUUUGAAAAUUA